CACCGCCGCCCGGGAACCGAGCCGGGCCGGGCCGCCACCAUGCUGAGCCGGCUCGGGGCGCUGCUGCAGGAGGCCGUGGGGGCGCGGGAGCCCAGCAUUGACCUGCUGGAGGCCUUCGUGGAGCACUGGAAGGGUAUCACGCACUACUACAUUGAAAGUACAGAUGAAAACACCCCCGCCAAGAAAACGGAUAUCCCCUGGCGGCUGAAGCAGAUGCUGGACAUCCUGGUGUACGAGGAGAGGCAGCAGACGGCAGCUGGCGAGGCUGGGCCCUGUCUGGAGUACCUACUGCAGCACAAAAUCCUGGAGACCCUGUGCACACUGGGCAAGGCUGAGUACCCCCCAGGGAUGCGACAGCAGGUGUUCCAGUUCUUCAGCAAGAUUCUGGCCCAGGUACAGCACCCCCUCCUGCAUUACCUCAACGUCCACAGGCCUGUGCAGAAGCUUCUCCGACUUGGUGGGACAGUUCCUGGAUCCCAAACAGAAAAAGAGGAGGUACAGUUCACCACCGUGCUUUGCUCCAAGAUCCAACAGGACCCAGCCCUGCUCACCUACAUCCUGGAAGGCAAAAAGAUGGUCAGUAGGAAGAAGUCAUCCAAAGAGCCCACCACCCUGCCUAGAGAGGCCGCCAGUGUGCAGGACAAGGACCACUCCCGCAGCAAGGCUCCUGACAUGAGUCCGUGCGGGGCCCAGGCCUUGAGCUCACAGCUGCCUGCUGAGACAGAGGAGCCAGAAGGAGUGGUUGGGGAAAGCAACCUCAUCACCGCCCUGAUCGGGCUGUGCAAGAGCAAGAAAGGUCGGGUGGCUCUGAAGGCGCAGGAGAACCUGCUGCUCCUGGUAAGUGUGGCUUCACCUGCCGCUGCCACCUACCUGGUGCAGAGCAGCCCUUGUUGCCGUGUUGUCUCCGAGCACCUCUGCCAGUUAUACCAGUCCCUGCCCCCCUUCCUGGACCCAGCGGACAUUGCUGCACUAGAGGGCAUCAGCUGGAGGUUGCCCAGUGCCCCAUCCGAUGAAGCUUCCUUCCCUGGCAAGGAGGACUUGGCUGCCUUUUUGGGCUGGUUUGAUUACUGUGACCACCUCAUCACAGAGGCACAUACGGUGGUUGCCGAGGCCUUGGCAAAGGCUGUGGCUGAGAAGUUUUUCGUGGAGAUUCUGCAGCCCCACCUCCUGCAUGUCUCUGAGCAGAGUGUCCUGACCUCCACCGCCUUGUUCACGGCCAUGCUGCGUCAGCUCCGCUCCCCUGUGCUGCUGCGAGAGGCUGUGGCUUUCCUCCUGGGCACAGACCCACAGCCUGCAGCCCCUGACGACGGCCCCCGCACUCUGUGUGCUCACCUCAUCGGGCACUGCGACCACCUCUCGGACGAGAUCAGCAUCACCACCCUGCGGUUAUUCGAGGAGCUGCUGCAGAAGCCACACGAGCAGGUCAUCCACGGCCUGGUCCUGUGCAACCUGGAGGGCCGCCAUUAUGUGGCCCGGGGCUCACCCGAGCCCGAGAGCUACGAGGACACCCUAGAUCUGGAGGAAGACCCCUACUUCACAGACGGCUUCCUCAACUCCAGCUUUCAGCCCUCCACAAAGCCUCCCCCAGCCCCUGCCACCAACUCGGAUGGCAAAACAGCAGUGACUGAGAUCGUCAACAGUUUCCUCUGCCUGGUUCCUGAGGAAGCCAAGACCUCGGCUUUCCUAGAAGAGACCGGAUAUGACACAUACGUCCACGAUGCUUAUGGACUGUUCCAGGAGUGCAGCUCCCGAGUUGCCCCUUGGGGCUGGCCCCUGGGCCCCACACCCCUGGACCCUCAUGAGCCUGAACGGCCUUUCUUUGAGGGUCACUUCCUCCGAAUGCUGUUUGACCGCAUGUCCCGGAUUUUGGAACAGCCAUACAGCCUGAACCUGCAAGUGACCUCAGUCCUGUCCCGGCUUGCCCUUUUCCCCCACCCCCUUAUCCACGAGUACCUCCUGGAUCCCUACAUCAACCUGGCCCCUGGCUGCAGGAGUCUGUUCUCUGUGCUCGUCAGGGUGAUCGGGGACUUGAUGCAGAGAAUUCAGAGGGUACCCCAGUUCUCGGGCAAACUGCUCCUGGUGCGCAAGCAGCUGAUGGGUCAGGUCCCUGGGGAGCAGCUGGACCACCAGACUCUCCUCCAGGGCGUGGUGGUUCUUGAGGAAUUCUGCAAGGAGCUGGCUGCUAUCGCUUUUGUCAAGUUUCCCCCACAUGGUCCUCACCUGCACCUCUCCCCUCCCCGAGAAGGGCACGUCUGAGCCAGAAGCAGGACAGGAAGGGAGAUUUCUCUGCACAUCUCGGCCCAAGAGCCACCUCCCACCUGGCACUGCCGCCACUGCCUGCCUCCCAGGCUGGGACUUGGCUCCAUGUUCUCUG